AUGGAGUACCUUGAAAUAUUCCUGCCUCCUGCACCCCUGCUUGCUGGAGCUCAUGUGUCUGGUCUUCAAUCCUAUCGCGAUAAAUAUCGCGCUUCCAUAAAUAAUUCUGAUGCCUUCUGGAAGAGCGUCGCUGAAGAGCUCUACUUCGCUGAAGGCUCUUCGAAGGGGUUGGAAUGGAAUUUCGACGCCAAGAAAGGCGAUAUCUUCUGCCGCUUCAUGGAUGGUGCGAAAACAAACAUCUCCUACAACUGUCUCGAACGAAAUAUUAAGCGCGGGUUGGGCGAUAAGAUCGCCUACAUUUGGGAAGGAAAUGAGCCCCUAGACAACUUCAAGAUAACCUAUAAUGAGCUCCAUGCCCAGGUUGUGAAUUUCUCAGCCGUUUUACGUGCUCAUGGUGUUCGGAGAGGGGAUGUUGUAGCCUUGUACCUCCCUAUGAUCACGGAACUGGCUGUGGCCAUGUUAGCGUGUACUCGAAUAGGUAAGUAUGACAUCCCAUCCUUUCCAGGCGCCAUGCAUUCGGUUGUUUUUGCUGGAUUCUCCGCUCCAGCGCUAGGGUCCCGAAUAAUUGAUGCGAAUUGUCGGAUCCUUGUCACUGCUGACGGGUUCUUCCGCGGAGCUAAGCAUGUGAAUCUCAAGAAGAUAGCCGACGAGGCCGUCAAUAUAGCCGCUGAUGGUGGAGUAGUCGUGAAUUCGGUUAUUCUCGUAUCCCAUCAGAAGAGAGUCACCGUUCCGAAGACGUGCAGCACUCCUGCAGAUGCGCGAAUGAAUCCCAUCGACUUCGACUACACGAUUGAAAUGGCCAAGUAUAAGGGAGUGGAGUCCCCCGUGGAAUGGAUGGACGCCGAAAGUCCGCUGUUCUUGCUUUACACGUCUGGUUCGACGGGAAAGCCCAAAGGAAUCCAACAUUCUACUGCUGGUUAUAUGGUUUAUGCCUAUUACACCACGAAGAACACCUUUGAUGCUCACUUUGAGCGCGAUGUGUAUUGGUGUACCGCGGACUGUGGUUGGAUUACGGGGCACACAUACUUGCUGUAUGGGCCGUUGAUGAAUGGGUUGACUGGGGUGUGGUUCGAGGGAGUACCUAGUUAUCCGGGCCCUAAUCGGCUUUGGGAAGUCACUGACAAGUACAAGGUGAACAAACUGUAUACUUCUCCGACCGCUGUCCGAGCACUCAUGGCUAUGGGGGAUGAGCACGUGAAGAAGCAUUCGCGUGCUUCCCUAGAAAUUCUGGGGACUGUUGGUGAACCGAUAAAUCCAGCAGCGUGGAAGUGGCUGUACGAAGUUGUUGGUGAACGCAGAUGCGCCAUUGUUGACACCUUCUGGCAGACUGAAACAGGUGGACAUAUGAUUACACCGCUUCCUGGUGCGACCCCAAUGAAGCCAGGUGCAGCGUCAUAUCCGUUCUUUGGAGUGAACCCUGUACUCCUGGAUGCUGAUGGUCGUGUGAUCGAAGGUCCAGGUGAAGGGAAUUUGUGCUUUGAUCGUGCAUGGCCAGGAAUGCUGCGUACCGUGUUCGGUGAUCACGAAAGAUUCGUAAAGACCUAUUUCGCACCAUUUAACGGCUACUAUUUCACUGGUGACGGCGCACGUCGUGAUGAAGACGGCUAUCUGUGGAUAACAGGUCGCGUUGAUGACUUAAUGAAUGUCUCUGGUCAUCUGUUAUCGACGGCUGAAAUCGAGAGCGCACUUGUGGCGCACGAAAAGGUCGCGGAAGCCGCAGUCGUGGCUGCUCCCCACGACAUCAAAGGCUCAUUCCCUUAUGCUUUCGUUACUCUUAACAACGGCGAAAAAAUGGACGCAGCACUUGCGCAAGAGCUCAAGAACAUGGUUCGCGUGAAAAUCGGGGCGAUCGCUAUUCCCGAAGUGAUUCAGUCGGCUCCUGGUCUUCCAAAGACCCGUUCGGGAAAGGUGACUCGUCGUAUCUUGCGCAAAAUUGCUGAAGGUUCCGAGUCCGGCAUGGGAGAUAUCACUACUCUGGUCGAUGAAGAUGUCAUCAAACACCUUAUUGCUGGUCGUGUUCAUGGCUGA